AUGAUGAUGAUGAUGAUGAUGAUGAUAAUGAUGAUGAUGGAUGAUGAUGAUGAUGAUGACGAUGAUGAUGAUGAAAGAAGAAGAAGGAGAAGAAGAAGAGGAAGAUAUAUGAGGAAAAAGGAGAAGGCAGGCGGUUGGUACAUCAUCGCUAAUGAGACAGGUCACUGUUGCAAGAGUGAAAAGUCAUUGGAGUUAUUUUGGGUGAAAAAGUUAAAAGGUAUGCACCAAGCAGCGAACUGGAAUUACAGCAAAGAAAUGAGUCGAAUGAUUCGACUAUUUCAAUCAGUGCUUGGUCUAGCGAAGAGAUCGUUGUGUUGUUCACGUAAACGUGACAACAUCGGAGAGUUACCAUUUACCGUUGUCGUGCGGCAGACUGCUCCGGAAGAUCCAUAUCCGAGUGGAUCAGUAUCAACUGGUUGGGAUAGUCGUUGGAGCGAAAAGCAAGCUGUACAGGAGCGUAUCGAUGAAUGGAGACGUAAAAAGAUGGAGGCAAAUCACUCGUCAAUAAGAGAUAUUGAUUUUUUCGAUGAUAUGCAACCUAACAUUGAAAAGGCAAAGAAGGUCGUCUUGAAGUCAACGAUGUCGCAGGGAAGUUCAGACGGCAGUAGGAAUCUGUUUGGAUUCUCAGACGAUACAAGAGUUGAUGUGCCUUUGAGUGCUCAGCUUGGUGAUCUGGAUGAUGAGGAAAUGCCAGCCUGGGACGACGAUAUUGACUCGACGCUUCGUGCGCAUCGAGCUGAGAAGCACCGUAGUCGUAUAGAGGAACAUGAUCGUCGUAUGAGAGAGAAACGCAAUGAACGUGCAGUGACGGGUUAUCUAUAG